GGCCUUUCAAAAGUUCCAUCGAAAGCUCCCCAUUGCUUGUUGCGGAAGCAGUUUUGAAAAGACCACUCGUUUCGACGUGUGUCUUGAGUUCAACUGUAAAUCUUCUGAGUUGUUCUGACUGACAAUUUGUUGACCAAAAAAAAAAAGAAGAAGAAGGAAUUCCUGACUAAUUUGGAUUCAUUGUUUGACUGGAGAGAAAGAUGGCCCCUUCCGAACCCUAAUUCCCUCACAUUCUCGCUCUAAAUUUCCCUAAAAACCCUCGCAUUGCAGUCAAUUUCCCUGAAAAUUGAGGCGCUUCACUUGCAUGUCGGACUCCUGAGCUACUGGCGAACUAUGAUGCAGGUGACUGUUUGUCAAACGUGUGGGACAAGGGUAUCGAGGAUGCUUUGCUUUACUGUGACAAGUGCCAGAAUUAUGCUCUUCAUCGUUAUUGCCUUAAUGUACCAGCACAUAAUAUUUUUGAUGAAGAUCUGACUUGGCUUUGUGAGGAUUGUGAUCCAAAGAUUGUAAAACCUUCUAGAAUUGAUAAAUCAGUAAGAUCAACGGAAAUUUGUCUUAACAAGAAGUUUAAGAAGAGGAGGAAAAAGAAGAGUAACAGAAAGACUUUACCUAUAUACGGGGCUAAAAAGACGGUGCGGAAAUGUGAAGGGGCUAACAUGAAGGUGCAGAUAUGUGAAGGGCCUAACAUGAAGGUAUAUGAAGGGGCUAACACAAAGGUGCAGAUAUGUGAAGGUAGUACCCCUCAACGUGAGGCCAAGGGUAGUAAUGAUUGUGAUAAUGGUCAGAAGCUUGGUAGUCGGUGCAGUGAGGUUCAUAAGGAUGAAUUCAAUUCCUCCGAUGACGUUGCCAAAUCUGUGGAAACCUCUCUAGUUACUACUUGCAACCCUUUAAAAAUCUCAGCAAUCAUUUGUUAUGUUGCUGCACAGCCUAUUAUUGAUCCAAUCUGGAGGGGAAGUCUCAGCAUAUUCAACGAAGACUUCAACAUUGUUAGUGGACUUGUAGCCCAUCUUUCUAGCUUAGCAUGUCCUAAAGUACGUGAGGAGGCAGAAUUGCUACCGUUGCUGCUUUUUCCAGAACUGGUUAAUAAAACAGAUGUGUGGCCCAAAGCUUUCGAGAAGUGUGGACCUAACGAUCAGAGUAUUGCUCUUUAUUUCUUUCCUGAUAACGAAAGAAAUGAGAAGGAUUUUGAUACCCUGGUGGUUAGCAUGAUCCAGGAUGAUUUAGCUAUGAGAGCUGUGCUGGAGGAUGCUGAGCUCUUAGUUUUCACGUCAGUUAUACUGCCUGAGCAGUAUCGAAGUGAGUCCCGAAACCUCUGCUUGUUUGUAGCUUUUCUACUUCCUUUCCUUUCACAAGUAAAGAAAACAAAAAUCUUAUAGCUCUUCUGGACAAGUUAAUAACAUGAUUGAAUUUAUCGGGUUGUAGGAUUUCAGACAAAGUUUUAUUUGUGGGGGAGUAUUUAGGGCAAAGCAAUUUCCACAGUUAACAAAUAGUAGUGUUGGUGUCGGGGAGAAAGACGUUGCGAAGCCCUUAACCUGUUACGGGCAGAGUCCAGUUAGUACGUUGAGCAAUAAUGUUGAUAUUACUUGUGCUCCCGUGCCUCUUAAUUCAUAUUGUCCAUCGGUCAUGUGAUGUAUUUUAAUCAAACCCUGUAUAUUAUGUUUAGUUUAACUUCAAGAUGCUGCUAAUUUUAGUGA